AUGAAAUUAACAUUUAAUAUUUCAAUUCUUAUAGUAUUAUUAUCCAUUUUAAAUGUGGUACACUCAGCUGAAUUAAAUAUUGGACAAUAUAUUAUGGUUGCCAAAAAUGAGCAAUUUAUUUCUAUUAACACCACUGAUGGCACUAUAAUAAAGAAUGUCAAUAUGGCAGCACCAUUCUUGUUCUUUCAUGGAUUUUUAUCUGGAAAUUCAGAGGAUAAUACUAUGUUAUUGUUAGUUACCGAUUUUGAUCUUGGUCAGGAUUUAGUAGUGGAGUAUUCCAUCAAUAAUAAUACUUUUACAGAGGUUAUGGGUUUGAAUUAUACUUUUACAGGUACACAAAAUCCUCAAUACUUUGCCUAUGAUCCAGUUUAUCAAUUAGCUGCUAUUCCAGACUUGAAUUUAAUGGUUAGUCAUCCAAAUCUUACUGUUUUCAUAUGGGACUUUAAAAAUCAAGAAUUUUUAUCGAUUUCACUUCCAACUGGACCAUUGAAACAACGUUCGAAAUACCCAGUCGGUUCAUAUGAUCCAACGACAGGUGACUACCAUAUUAUCUAUGAACCGAUUACAUCAUUGGGUACCUAUUACAUAGUUUUCAACCUGUGGAGUAAAUCCAUUGUCCAGGAGCCAAUUUUCUUUAAUGGUUUCGUUAUGAAAACUCCACAAAUCGUUUACUUUGACAAUCAAGUAUUCUUUAUUGAUUUGUGUCAAAAAUGUAACUAUACGAUUUACAAUGUAUCGAUUGCAACUGCAACCACACAAAUCAUCUAUACAGUACCAAAUCGUUUCCCAGCAUAUAUUUUCUCAAGUACUCUUGGUGUAAAAGGAAGCACAAUUGUUUUGUUUUCUUCUCUUAAUGGUGAAGAGUAUACAACAACUGUUAUUGAUCUUGCUACCCAAGAUGUUCAUAUAUCACCAGCUGUCAAAAUGAUUCUUCCAAUCAGAUUUGAAUGGAUAAGUGCUGGAUUUUAA